UUUGAUAAUUUAUUUAUUUACUUUUUUGUGAUAGGAUUUUUUAAUUUGAUAAUUGGCUGCAGCCAGUCAAUUAUUAAGUGAUUUUAGUGAAAAAUUAGACUUUGUAGUUCUAUUCUGCUAUAACUACCCCACAAAUAAUAACAAAAAGAGAAUCCCAUUCAAAUUUAAAAUAACAUUUUGGGAAUGAUAUACUGGUAAAAUAUGUUUUCAGAGGAACAGAACCAAUAUAUCCUUCUUCAUCGAGAUGUGAGAAAUCCGUGGCACCUAGACAAAAAGACUGUUCUUAUGAUAGGAUGUCUUGUUCUACCAGUUACCCUUUUUUGUGCCACUUAUAUGGUACUCUUUGGAGUAUAUGAAAAAUUGACAUAUCCUAAGUUAUCACUAAGUGGGUUCAGAUCACCUGAAACAGUGGAUCAUAUUCAACACCGAGCAUCAGUCUAUAAUUAUAUUAAUCCAGCAGACGGAUUUUUUAUAGAUAUCCAAAAAAAUAGUCAUUUUGAGGAAUAUCUCCACUCUCAUGAACUUUCAAAAAAAUUUAAAUUGGUAUGCUACUAUAAUUUUCCAAGUGAUCAACAAUCAAUGCAGAUCAAUGAUAUAGAUCCAAAUCUGUGUACACAUUUAAAUAUUGCCUUCGGGAGUGUUGUCAACCAUAGCAUUUAUCUGGAUAAUGAACACCUUGAAUAUUUGAAAGACAUUGUAAAAUUAAAAGAUAAGAAUAAAGAUCUUAAAAUUCUGUUGUCAAUUGGGGGUGCUGGCAACGAUAACGGAUUUCCUGAAAUGGUUAAGAAUCACACAAACAGGAAAUCGUUUAUUAAGUCAGUCCUAAGUUAUGUAAAAGAUUACAAUAUUGAUGGAAUUGAUCUGGAUUGGGAAUUUCCUGGGGAAGAUAUGAAUUAUGACCCCAAGCAAAAAAUGCAUUUUACUCAACUUCUUUUGGAAAUAAGAAAAACUAUAAUGCGACAAGAAAAGCAUAAGUUUUUACUCACGGUGGCAGUGGCAGCACCAAAUGUAAUAGUUGACUUUGCUUAUGAUGUGUCUUAUAUGAAUGAUUAUGUAGAUUUUGUGAAUCUUAUGUCAUAUGACUAUCAUUACUACACGGGAGUAACUCCUUUUACUGGCAUAAAUUCUCCUCUCUAUGCGAAGUCCAGUGAAUUGUUUUAUUUGGCGACAUUGAAUAUUAACUAUUCUAGUCAUUAUUGGAAUUAUAAAGGAAUGGACAAAAGUAAAAUUGUAAUUGGCUUGCCUACUUAUGGACAUACGUUUAGAUUACAAAAUCCUAGGAAUCACGACUUAUAUGCUCCCGCCUCAGGCUACGGUAAAUUAGGCACUUCAGGCUUCGCUUCUUAUCCUUCAAUCUGUAAUUUUCUUCAAAUGAACCAUAUAACUCCCAUAUUCGACAUGGAAAACUACAGUCCUUAUGCAUCGAAAUAUUAUGAAUGGAUUUCGUUUGAUGAUGACCAAAGUCUUACUUAUAAAACCGAGUUUAUCAAGAGUAAUAAUUUUGGAGGUGCAAUGGUCUACAGUUUAAAUGUAGAUGAUUAUUUGGGGACUUGCAAAAUGGGAAGCAUGGGCGGAAAGAAGUUUCCAUUGGUAAAUGCGGUUAAAAGCAUUUUGGAAGGUAAUACUAGCUGAGUAUCGAGAAUUUAUUUUAUAAAAGUAAAGACUGACUGAGUAAAGGUUCGGGCUGCGAAAAUUUCAACUUGUAGUAUCAACAUUGUACCUGAAAAUUUAUUGGAAAUGCUCGAAAGGUCUGGAACCUCUGCAAUUUAAGGAGACUGUACUGUUCUUUAUACUACUAAAUAUUUCACGCUUUUUUGUCAUCUUAAAAUGAUUAAUGUAUUAGUACUUAUUAUUUCUAUAUUUUAUAUAAAUAUAUCCUCAUAUUUAAAUCUAUCUAACUUUAAAAGUUAUAGUAGUAUAAUAUCAUAUUAUUGUUACCAUAAUUUAUAUUUUAAAUGGAAAAUAUACAUGAUUGGCUAGG